AUGCCUAUCACUGAAAUCACCAGCAAAGCCGACUUCCUAGAGAAGGUCCUUGGCUCAGAAGAUGCCAUCAUCCUCGAUUGCUACGCCGAAUGGUGCCCAGCCUGCAAAAUCAUCGCACCCCAAUUUGAAGAUUUGAGCAACACCUACACCCAAGUCAAAUUCUACAAGGUGGAUAUCGACAAAGUUGAGGAGGUCGCACUGGAGCUAGGUGUGCGGACGAAGCCUACGUUCAUGUUUUUCAAGGGCGGAGAAAAGAUUACUGAGGUGGUCGGGGCUCACUUGCCUGCCAUUGAGCAAGGGAUCAAAACUCACCUCCUUUGA